AGAGUUUUCCAACCUUUUGGCUUCUGGUGUGCUGCUGACUGCAGUGUGUAUUCAGGGUCACAUUUCAGAUUUCUGUGAGUUGUUAGCAGCUCCACUAGAGUGAUUUUUUUUUUUUUUUUUUUUUUUUUUUUUUUUUCAAUUCAAUAAAUGUUCGUGAUCCAAUAUCUCAGCAAAACUACCAAAGAUUGGAGAAGAGGUCCCAAAACUGAAACAGAUCUGUGUAUCCGAACGCUCCUUCCUCUCCUAUAAAUCAUCCAACGUCUCUUCAGAUUUAUCUACCUCUGUUUAGUAAACUUUGAAUAAUAUCGUUCCAGUAACAUGCCGCUGAUACAUGGAUGCUUCAUUGCUGUAAAAUUACACACCAGUCAGAGGCAGCAAAACAGAGCUUUUACUUCAGUAUUUCAAUAUCCUUUUGUUGCUUGUACUAAUCUACUAGAGUUUCUUUUCUUUUUGCCAUAUUCUUUACUUUAAAUUGCUCUGUUAGUGCUUUUACUUCAGUAAAGCAUCAGACCACUUGACUCGGUGCUUUGCAGUGAUUUAGGAAGAGCUUAGGGAAUGGAAACACAGCUGCCUGUUGCUUUUGACUUGAUAAGGUUGACCGCAGCAGUGUCCUUCACAACAUUCUUUCAUUUGCAUUUACCUAUAUUUAUACAUGUGUAGGAGCAUGUGUGAGCACUAAACUAUGUGUGUUUACAGCUAUGUGCGGCACACCUGUGUGCAUGAUAUCCUCUACCUCUUUCAGGUGUUUCUCUCAGUCCUUCACAGCCUCCUAUGCUAUCUACAAUGUGGCUAAUGGGGAUCUGCAGGAGCUUAACCCUCCAGAGAAGGAGAAGGCAGUGAUACAGUAUGCUUCCUGGGGACCUCAGGGGAACCAGCUGGCCUAUGUGUUUGACGGAGAUAUCUACUACAAGCCCAGUGUGACCAGCAAAUCACUGCGCCUCACAUCCACUGACCUGGAGCAGAAUGUGAUGAACGGGCUCUCUGACUGGACCUACGAAGAGGAGGUGCUCUUGACAUAUGCAGCCCACUGGUGGUCUAUGGAUGGCGCCCGGCUUGCUUACCUCAGCAUCAAUAACUCUGCUACACCUGUGAUGGAAAUACCUCACUUCCUAGGUGGUCUCUACCCCUCCAAUGUGCUCUUCCCCUACCCCAAGGCGGGCUCAAGUAUCCCAUCAGUCACUCUGCUUGUGGUGAAUCUGUACGGUCCGGCUCACACUCUGGAGAUGAUGCCUCCCGACUCCCUCAGGGCCAGAGACAGCUACAUCUCCAUGGUGACUUGGAUCAGCAGCACUCGGCUCGCGGUUCGUUGGCUGAACCGAGCUCAGAACCAAUCAGUGCUCUGCGUGUGCGAGGCCACCACAGGGGCAUGCUCAGAGAAACACAAAAUGACCAUGGACAUAAUGCAAAACCAACGGCAGGACGUGCCACUGUUUUCAGCAGACGGCUCUGUUUUUUACACAAUCUUGCCGGCAAAACAAGGCGCUCGGGGAGAGUUUCACCAUGUUGCUGGUCUUACAGCUCAGCCUGCCAUCCCCUCCGUCCCUCCUCGCUUCUUGACAUCAGGGAGCUGGGACGUCACCUCGCUCUGCGCUCUAGACGAGAAGGCUGGAAAAAUUUAUUUCCUGAGCACAGAAGAAUCCAGACAGAGCAGACAUCUCUACAGUGUGGACAUGGAUGGAGUGUUUCAGCGCCAGUGCGUCUCCUGUAACCUCGUAGACGGAUGUCGCUUCUUUAAAGCUAUUUUCAGCCCCAAUCAAACCCACUUCACUCUCUACUGCCUUGGCCCAGGAAUCCCUAAAGUGACAGUUCACAGUACAAAGGACCCCUCCAGAUAUGUGGUCUUGGAGGACAACAACCUUAUGUCUAAAGCUCUGGAGGAUAAAAGUCUCCCUGAGACUCUCUUCAGGACGCUCCCAGCAGACAACCACGACCUGCACCUGAAGCUAUCUCUACCUCAGGGUUACGAGGCCAACCUGCACCCUCUCCUCAUAAUUGUUGACGGCAUUCCUGGCAGCCAGUCUGUGACGGAGGAAUUUGCCCUCGACUGGCCUCAGGUCCUCUCCAGCACACACAGCGUGGCCUUGGCCUGGGUGGACGGCAGGAGUGGGGUCGGCCGUGGACAGAAGAUCACCGCUGUGGAUCCACGCAAGCUCGGCUCACUGAGAGUCAAAGAUUAUCUGGGUGUUGUCGAGCUGUUGAUGCAGCUGCCAUAUAUUGAUGAUCGCCGGAUGGCCCUCUAUGGAAAGGCAUUUGGUGGUUAUUUGACUCUAAAAAUGUUAGCUGCAACAGAUAAGUUGUUUCAGUGCACGGCCGCUGUGGCACCAAUAACUGACUUCAGGCUUUACAGUGCUGCCUUCUCAGAGAGGUAUCUCGGCCUUCCAGCAAAGGAGGAACACGCUUACUCGACUGCAUCGGUGCUGGAGGAGGUUAACAAGCUGAAAGAAGAGAACUUUCUUAUUCUACACGGAACUGCAGAUGCGAGGGUACAUUUCCAGCACAGUGCUGAGCUCCUGAGCCGACUGGUGAAGGUGGAGGCCAAUUACUCUCUCCAGCUGUACCCAGACGAGGGCCACAUCCUGAGAGAGCCCCGCAGCAUCCAGCACUUCCAGCGGACUGUGGUCAACUACCUCCAAACCUGCCUGAAGCACAGCGCCGUCCAAGAUCUCGUAGAGGACGAAGAGGAGGAAGAAGACUGAGCCCCGAGGUUCCCCUUCCCUUCUUCUGGAAGGACUCUCUUAGGACUGUAGGCCAUCUUAUGCAUUACCUUGAGUCGGAUAACCAGGCACAAGAGCACAGGAGUGGGGACCAAACACAUCAUAUCACUUCCUACAACUUCUGGAAAAAUAUAUGUACUGUAUAACGUGUUGCACACAAUUAUUUCUGCUGUUUUAUCGUACGUUUGAGGCCCUGUUUGUUUACAGAAUUCACAUGACAUGAUGUGAACUAGACGGCUACUGAUUCUGCCAAAAGUUUACGAUUUUAAAACAUGCAUGUCGUAAUGGCUGCAUGACGUGGAUUAGUUUACAUUGCAUUUUGUGUGUUUUGCAGGUUUUCAAUAUCGCCUAUAGGGGUCAAAAAUGCAAAAUGUGCCAAAAGCCGGGAACACACUUGCAGACUGUAAAAAAUACUUAACUGAUGUUUUGAUAAGACUUGGGCCUCAUGUGUUUAAUGAUUGCAGAAAAUGCUUGAUGUUUUCCAUACAGAUUUAAUGAAUAAACCAGAACCACCUUCAGAAUGAGGCAGAUUCAAGUCUUAUGAAACCAAACCAUUUUGGACAGCUCUGAUGGAACAGAUUCAAAUGCCAAACUCGAAGAUACGAUGAAGACUGUCUCUAUUGGUUAAUGGCCUGUGCAUACCUUCAUAAUCAUAUAGAUGCAGUGGUGAAAUUGGAGUUUGUGUCUUUUUUUACAGUGUGUUCCCGGCUAAAAUAAAGUUAAAUGAAGCAUAAGGAUCAUUCUAAAUGUGCCAAAUACUUUUUGUGGACUUUAUCCACUGGUUUUAUUUGCAUUGUGUGAUCAAGAAUGAAUAUGCAACUCAGACUAUUUACCACAAGCUCCAAUUCAAGAAUGAACAUCUCCAUAGUUGUCUGUGUACUGUAUUUGAAAGUGCACAGUGUUUCUGUUUUGAUACAUCUUGACAUUUUCUUGUGUAUUGCAGAAUUAAAUUAUUUCUUUGGACAAACUGUUGAGCCAUUAUGUUACAGUUUAGCAAGCUAGUGGGCCAGCCAUCAAACUAUCAAGCAUGCAUGCAGUUGGUUUGAAAAGAAUGCCACUGACUCCAACUAGCUACUUCUUUUUCCAGCAAUCCCUGAAAAUAAAGUUUGAACAUCUUGUUAUA